AUGACAAUGAUAUUAGAAAUUGGUUUAAAUACUGAAUUAUGUUUGACACCACUAGCAGCAAUUAUUAUCGAUGAAUUGGUACGGAAAGAAAACCAAGAUACGAUUUCAAUUCUUUUUCUAUACAUAAUAAAACCAUCAAAUAAAGUAUUACCAAUUGUUCUGAGAUGGUUUACUGAUUAUGAUAAUAAUCAAAUUAAAAAAUUAGCAGAUCUUUUACUUGUAAAAGAACCAGCAAUUGAUACAAUUAUUGAUUACUUAGAAAGUGAUAAUGAUCAAAUGAGAUAUAGAGCUCAACAAAUUUUUCAACAUCCGGAACAAAAUUCGAAAGAGCCCAGUAAGAGAAUAUCUGUCAUAGGAGAAAAAACAUUGAUGAAAAUUUUACAAAGUAUGUUGACUUAUAUGAAUAGUUUCUUCUUCGAAUUACCCUGGAAUGAUCCUGAAGUAUUUCAGAACUUACAUGAACCUAUAACAAAGCUGAAAGAGAGUAACUCCGCUGGUGAACAAAAAAUAUUUUAUUUUAAUAAGAUUAAGUUUAUAAAUAAUAAUACUUGCAAUUCAAUAAUGCAAUCAUUAGAAUCACCAUCAUAUUCAUCGUAUGUGGAAGAACUAUUCCAUUCAAUAAUGAUAUUAACACAGCAUAAUCAAAUUACGAAAACACAAUUAGAUCGAAUUUAUAUAAUAAAUUUUAUUCUUGAUAAAUUUUGUGCAUUAACAAACAUUAAUGAUGAAACAUAUUUUGAAAUUCUUGAAUCAAAAGUAAUUAGUCGUUAUAACUUUUAUGUUUCAACAGAUUUAAAUCAAAUAAUAUUAAAUAUGUUAAAUAAUAUUUCAAUAAACAUUGUUAUUAUGAAAAAUUUAAUUAAAUGCUUAAUACAGCAAAUGACAAAUUUAAAAGGUGUUGAUGGUACAGUUUUUUCAUUGAUGAUGUGUGCUGGUUUAUUAUCUUUGGUUUCUGCAUGUGUUCAAAAGGAAGAUUAUUUAUAUCGAAAAAUAACAAAUUCUCCUAAUUUUAAUAAAGUUCAAAUGAUUAAACUUUUGGAAAAAAUGCUUGAUAAUCAUCCAUACUUUCCAGAAAGAGGCAAUGCUUUUAUAUUACUUUCAGCAAUGGAUCAGUCAGAUCAUAAAGUAAUCAUAAAUGCCAUAAAUACAUUACUUGAUGAAAAUCUUGUGAAAGAAUAUUCUGUAAUUGAAAUUCCUCUUAUAAAUUUAUCACCCAAUGAAUUAAUUGACGAUUUAUUAAAAUCUCUAAAAAAUGACAGCGCUAUAAAGGCUGACGAAAUAUUAAAAAUUUUGACACAAUUUGCUCUGAAUGAAAAAAUCAAUGCAGACCGUAAAUCAAAGAUAAUCAAUUAUCCAGCAGAAGAAAUUGAACAAUUAAAAUCAAAAAAACCUGUUAAUUAUUAUUAUACAAACAUCAAAAUUCCUUUCACAACGUCAUUGGAAAAUGAAUUUAUAUACAGCGUGGAUUAA